AGAUGGCGGCCUUGAGGUCAUUUUGCGCCAUUACAAUCAUCGUUUCUGAUCGUUAGAAGUGCACUAAAGUAUUGUAAACGGAACUUAAAAAGAUAUAGGAAUGCCAACCGUGGAUAAAAAGGGGAACUAUGGAGUGGACGCUCGGAAAGGUGAAGUUGGUAAUGAGGUAGCAUCUGCGACUGAGUCCGGUCAAAAUAACAACAGGAGUCCUACAAAAGCCAAGAAAUCACUCACAGGGCGGUCUGCAUUCAGCGAGACAGAUCUGAAAGCCAAAUUUGCUGCAACUGAGGAUGGCAGCACUACAAAAGAUGGGGUUCUGGCUCGUUAUUCGGAGAGUGAUAUUCAGCUGGUAAAGUUGGAUGUGCCCUUAGUUUUCGAUGACUCAAGGUCUGAAGUUAGUGGCCUGAGUGGCGGCUCUGGUUUGGCAAUAGUGCCUUUUUCGGAUGGCAGAAGUUUAAUUUCACAAGAGAGUGGGCAAGAUCUUGUGCCUGUGGAAAAUGAGAUGGUUUCAGCGGAGGGUCAUGAUAAGAACUUGGAACAGGAAGAGAAAGACAUUGUUCCUUCCCUCCCUGAGGGAUGGCCACAAUUUCGAAACAGAUCUUGGCGCCGAAGAAGCUGCGAGCUUGUUAAGAGUACUUCUUCAUGUGUAAGGAAGGCAGUUUCUCAUCUUUAUCAGUUACAAGACUUAAUUGAUUCAUUUUACAUGACUGAAUUUCUUGAGGAGGAGGAAAGAUUUAGCAAGCAAAGAUCUAGUAUGACUUCAGACUUGGAGUUUAAGGAUAAAGAAGAGGUGGUAGAAAGUCAAGGUGUCCCUGAAGAUUCCUCGCACAUGUCUUCAGCUAGUAGCCAUGGCAGACGAAUCCGCUGGCUUCUUAGUUCAGCAUCGCUUGGUAACAUCGAAGAGGAAGGUGUAUCAUUUGAGCCAAGGUUAGAGUCUUCAGCCAGUGGGGCUACAUUAGAGAUUCGGGGAAGAAGUGCUAGAACAGUUAUCAGUAAGCUUUCCACUCCAAAGUCUGCACCCAAAUCUGCUGAGAUGCCUGUCCCCAAGGAAUAUGAUGUGAUUGAAGAGGUCAUAAGUUUACUAGGAAGGAUGGAGAGUGACAGACUUUCUACACAGGAUGCCUUAGUGAAAGAAAGGGAAAGAGUACAGAAACUAAGAGACGAGAUUGAUACCCAGGCUUACAAGAGAAUGCACGAUCUACCAUUAGCUGUACAAAGAGAGCAUGAAGCAUGUGCCAUUGACAUCAAUGAGUUAAGGUGGCACUGUGCUUACCAAGGCAGAAUUGAAGCCAGAAUUAGUGAAAGAGUUCAUCAUGCAGAAGUGAGACAUGCAAAGGUUUUACAAGAUCUGAGCAACAUACAAAGACACUGUCCUUUAGUUGAGGAGAAGCUGGACCUGGAAGGGGAAGCAAUGUCAAGCAUUCAGCUCAAACAAGACGAAACAGAUGAGGAGUUGGAUAAUACUCUUGACAGACUGGCAGCUACAGAGAGAAAAACAGCAGAAGCUAAGGGAAAAGCUGCACAAGAAAGAUCCCUUAUCAAACAAGAUGUGGAUGUCGUGAGAAAUGAACUCAAUGCAGUCAGUGAUGAAUUAGCUCAGUUAAGGAUGUACUUUACAUCCAACACUCAUACCAUGAAUGACAUCAGAAACACACUCAGAGAAAAUGCAGAGCAGCUUGUUAUUCUGGAGGGAAGAGAGGAAAGAAUAAAGGCAUUAGAGGCAACACAACAGGAUAAGGUGCAAAGACUUCGAGAGAAAAUUGUGGAGCAAGAAGCAGAACACAUAAAACUUGUGAGUGAGAACAACAAACUGAAGACUGACAAACAAAUAACACAAGCAUCAAUGGAAAGUGAAAAUGCCAAGUUAGAACAUGAAAUAAAGAAUGCUUCAAAAAGACUGCGAGGAUUAACCUCAAGAAUCAAGGAGACCAAACUGGAAAUAACCAGUCUAAACAAAAAACUGGAGCAAUGCGCCAAACAAAAAAUCAGUGAUGAGAAGGCUAUCAAGCGGGCAGAACAAGAGAUGGGGAAAAUAGAAGAGCAAAUGAAGGUUUCAAAGGAGGAAACAAAGAAAGUUGAAGUUCUACACAACAACCUUACAGAGACACUGGUUGUGAAGAAAGAAGAAGUGAUGGGUGUUGAAGAAUCACUGAAGACUACCGCUGACGCACUCAAGAAACAACUCAAAGACGAGGCACACGCCAGGACAGUGUUACAGGCGAGGAUCACAUCAGAUACACACGACCUUGCCAAGACACAUGUUGACUCCAAGAAGAAGCGUGAAAAAGCUACCCAGAGGGCAGACGAAAUAGUAAAGCUUGUAGACCAUGUUAGAGAUCAGGUAUCGAAGCUGGAAAAGAUUCACAAUGAGAGACAAGAGACCAUCGCACAACUUGACAAGAUAUUGGAGAAAGUGGCCCAGCAGCACAAUGACAUGGAGACUAAAUUUCAGAGUGAAAUCGCUGAAUUGCGGCCCAAAGAGGCAGAGUUGAAGAAAGAGACUAUGGAAUUCACCAAACGUUUAGACCACAUCACGUGGAAAUCAGAGAUGAUGGAGAAGAAAAUGGCGGACAUUGAGUCUUCUACCCAAAUGAUGAAUAAAGUCAUAGCCACAACACAAGAGAAUAUCAAUGAUUUGACUGAGGAAAUGACUGAAUUAAAGAUACAGAUAGAGACAGGUUUUGAAACUGAACAAGACUUGAAGAAAUCACUCCAACAACUCGAAGAGAGAAUCAGACGCGGAAAAGAUAACCACGAGAUGCACAUACUAGAAAGGAACGAGGUCUUAACUACCAACCAGGGAGGCGUGAAAACAGCAUUGAGUGAAAACAAGAAACUGGCGGUAGUUUACCAAAGGUUACAGAACACUUUGCUUAACAACAGAGCUGCGUUGCUGAGACUUGUUGAGAGAAGAGUGAACAAUGAACACAGCCUAAAGGAUCACAGAGAGCUGUUUGUUCUUCAAGGUCGCAUGCGUGAGGCUCUCGAGUAUUUCUAUCGUCUUCGUGGCUUACAAAGCAAAGCAGACAUUGCCGAGUUCGAGCUGAAGUGUAUUGACAAUGGCGACAAAUUAGUAACCCUACAGUCUGACAUGAUGAGAGUUAUCGAACACAUUAACCGUUUCCUGGAGGCAAAUAAUGCCGCUCAUGAUGUGAUUUCAAUGGAGGCUGCAAAGAUCGCACAGACCCCAACCAGCGGCACUAUGGUCGCUUGAAAUCACGACUUUGCUUAAUACUAACGUAACGUCUGAAGAAAACGGAUCGAAAAAUAGAAGAGAAAUAAAAAAAUAUUUAGAUACACAGGAAGGGCAUAUAAGUAAUUAACGUUUAACUCCUAGAGUGCCAAGCUACAAAUUUGACAAAUUUUCUAACAAUUUUACUUGAGAAGAACUUGGCAGCAGGAAAGUAACUCUUGAUAGCUCUCAUUUACAUGUAAAUGGUAACGCGUUAGGAUUUUAUUUACAGUCGGAACUAGAUCGUGAAAGCUUCACAUUACAUAACGAAAGGUGUGGCUAGAAAAUCGAUAGAAAAGAAUGGAUUUUGUAUGCGUUAUGUAGCGCAUACUUUUGCAUUUGUUCAGUCAUAUUUUUGAUCAACUUGUUGACCAUGUUACAGCCUGUGACCAACAGUAAGAUGAUUCACCUUUGUCUGAAAAUUAUGUCGCUGUAUUUUAGAAACGUCAAUGUAUAUAGGAUGUCGUGUACAUAUGCUAUUAUUUAUAAACAGGACACACUUUUGCGUUUUGUUAAGAGAAGCAAAAUGACAAAACGCUAAAAUAAAGGAUAUUUUUAAAACUGUCUCA